AAAAUUAAAAGACAAUUAAACAAAAAAUAUAAGGCAGGAUGGGGUUGAAGGAAUUGUCAGAUGAAAAGGAGGAGGUUCCUAAAGGUUUGGUUCAAAAAAUGGCUACAAUAGAUAUUCAAGAUUCUUUAUAUGUUAAGAGAACAGCAACUUAUGUUCCUCCGCAUCUCCGUGGUAGAAUAAAUGGAACGGGUGAUUCUCAGGGGAGUUGCGGAGGGCGGAAUACAAUGUCGAUGGUUAGAUCAUCAACUUGGAAUACAAGCUCAGAUGGAACAUAUGGCUCCAGAAAAUCAAGAUAUGGAUGUGAUUUAUUUUCCUAUAAAGGACAAAGUGAUCAGGGUUCAUGGUGGAAUGGAAAACAUAUUAUUGGAACACGGAAUCAGCGUUUAGAACGGGAGCUUUUUGGAUCUCAAUAUGAUUCGAGUACGAUGAAUACAGGGAUUAAUUUUGAUAAAUAUGAUGAUAUUCCUGUGGAAGUAAGUGGGACAGAUAUUCCGGAGCCGGUUUCAGUGUUUACGAGUCCUCCUUUGGAUUCGCAUCUUUUAAACAAUAUCGAACUUGCAAAUUAUAAGAACCCGACACCGGUGCAGAAGCAUUCGAUUUCUAUUGUUAUUAAUGACCGGGAUUUGAUGGCAUGUGCGCAAACAGGAUCGGGUAAAACAGGAGGGUUUUUAUUCCCUAUCUUAUCGAAAAUGUUUCAAACGGGACCAAGUGAUUUAUCGAAUAAUUUGGCACAUGCUUCUUAUAUUCGUCGAAAGGCGUAUCCAGUUGCAUUAAUUCUUGCACCCACAAGAGAAUUAGUAAGUCAAAUUCAUGAAGAAUCACGGAAAUUUUCCUAUCGAUCAUGGGUAAAACCAUGUGUUGUAUAUGGUGGUACGGAUAUUGGUUCUCAACUACGUCAAAUUGAACGUGGUUGUGAUAUGUUAACAGCAACACCGGGUCGUCUUGUUGAUUUGAUUGAACGUGGCCGUAUUUCUCUUUCAAAUAUUAAGUAUCUUGUGCUAGAUGAAGCCGAUCGUAUGCUGGAUAUGGGUUUUGAACCUCAAAUUCGUAGAAUAGUUGAGGGCGAGGAUAUGCCGGAUGUUCAGAACCGUCAGACGUUAAUGUUUUCCGCCACAUUUCCUAGGGAUAUUCAAAUUCUUGCACGAGAUUUUCUAAAAGAUUAUGUAUUUUUAAGUGUUGGAAGAGUCGGUUCAACUAGUGAGAACAUUACGCAAAAAAUCGAAUAUGUUGAAGAUAUGGAUAAAAAAUCAGUUCUUUUAGAUAUUUUGCAUAGUAUGCCUCGCGGAGGUCUUACAUUGGUUUUUGUUGAAACUAAGAAAAUGGCUGAUACACUUUCUGAUUUUCUUCUAAGUUCCAAUUUUCCAGCUACAAGUAUUCAUGGAGAUCGAACUCAGCGUGAGAGAGAAAAAGCUUUAGAAAUGUUUCGUGGUGGAAGAACACCAAUUAUGGUUGCUACUGCCGUGGCUGCUCGUGGACUCGAUAUUCCUAAUGUAACACAUGUAAUUAAUUACGAUUUGCCUACCGAUAUUGAUGAUUAUGUACAUCGAAUUGGGCGUACUGGACGUGCUGGAAAUACAGGCAUUAGUACUGCCUUUUUUAAUCGUGGGAAUAGAAAUAUUGUGCGUGAUUUACUAGAAUUACUUAAAGAAGCAAAUCAGGAAAUACCGUCGUUUUUGGAGAGCAUUCUUAGAGAAAAUAAUACUUUGAAUUGUCGUAACAAUACAAAUAGUAUACGCGGUCGUCGCCGAGGGGCAGGCACACGUGAUUAUCGCAAGAUUUCUAAUGGAAAUAAUUAUGAUGACUAUUCAAAUGGCAAUAAUUACGGUCCUAUAUCAAAUAGUUAUUCCGAUAGGAGUUAUGGUAAUGGUUAUAGUUCUCAAUCAUAUGGAAAUCCAUCAAAACUAACAAAUCAAAAUUGGUGGUAACAAUAAAAUGGCAUAUAAACAAUUGUUAUAUAUUUCAAUAUCUUUUUUUGAAUUUUUGCUUCAUCUAAGUGUUUUGCACCUACAUAUAUGGCCACUUUAAUUUCAUCAGCGUUAUUAUUUAAAGA